AUGGUACUAUGGGCCCAGCAGGGUUCGAUGUCUGCAUUAGUGUCUGCUGGUGUACUUGAAGGGGAAUCUGAAGUCCCUGAGAAGGAUCGUGCUGUUGUUGAAGGUGAUAUUGCUGCUUCUGGCUACGAGAUUGCUGUCCUUCCUCAGGGGCAUGGCCAAGCAUUUCUUGGUAUCGGAGGUACUGAAUGGGCCGGCGAUGUCCGCGUCGCGACAUUGUGA